AGGACGAAGGCUUCAUCUUCAGGUUAACAGAGAUUGGACAAAUACUCUCAACCAUCUUAGGUCUUCAAACUUUGGGAAAGAGAGGAAGAAAUCAAUACUCCUGGGAUGGCAAAGCGCGAUCUACACGAUCUGGGUGGAGAGGAACAUCAGGAACCACCGGCAUCAAAAUCGAUGGAAGAGCUUCUCAAACAAAUUGAUUCAACAAUCUGGACCAGAACGGCAGAACCUCGAGUUUUAUAUCGGAGAGGCCAGAGCUUAAAAAUUUCACCCGUCUCCCGUGAGUUCGUUUCUCUCUCGAAUCUCUCUUCUCCGCUCCGUCGCUUGUUUUCCGGCGCCUCGUCGUCUCCGUCGUCUUCUUCUAGCCUCAGAACUUCGGCCGUCGUCUGUGGUACUCCGUCAAUCGUCUCCUCCGUCUCCUCCGCGUUCAUUUGUCUUUUCGUCUCCGCCGCCUCCGUUCGUAUUCGUCUCCUCCGCGUGUCUUCGUCUCCUCCGUAUAUGGCUCGUGUGAUAGAGGGAGGUAGGGAAUAUGAGUCAACAGAAAGGUCUCGAGAAGCUUCGACGACGGAUGUCGCUGUUUUAACAGAAGCUGCGCUUGAUGCUUCUGUUCAAACAGAAGAUCUGACGGAUUCUGUUGUUCUUCCAACAGAAUUCGAACCGACGAAUUCCGCUGUUGUUCCAACAGAAUUCGAACCGACGGAUGCCGCUGUAAUUGUUCCAAGAGUGGAUGCUUCGGUUCUGGAAUUGUCUGAUAGAGAAGGGAAAGACUCAGUCCGUGAGUCAAAUGAAGACGUUUGUGAGUCCGAUAAAGAAGUCAGUGAGUCAAAGGAGAAAGAAAAAGAAGUCCGUGAGUUGUCAAUUGAUGGUCAGGGUUGUGAUAACGAGGAAGAAGAGAGAGUUGGUGAUGCUGAGGGUGGAGAAAGGAGUUGUGAUAAUGAGGAGGAAGAUGUUGUUGCUGGUGUUGUUAAGAAUAUAGUUGAUGAUAUUGCUGCUGAGGAAGAGGAGAGGGUUAAUGAUGUUGCAGCUGAUAUAGAUGAGGAUGAUGAUGAUGAGGAAUCCCAACCACUGCCGCCAGAGAGCAUGUACUUUAGUCCAACUGAGUACAACAAGGCUGAUUCUAAGGGUGAUGGGAACAUAGAGCAAUUCCUGUUAAGGAUUGUUGAUGAUGUUCAUGCUUGUGAGAUAUUCCCGUGGGGAAGGUAUUCUUUUGAGCAAUGUAUGACAGGGAUCCGGAGAAUGAUGAAAAACAUGAAAGGUUCGGUGAAACAAAAAGCACAGAGAAGCUUUUUUGGAUUCAUCACUCCUCUUGAGAUUUUUGCAUUUGAGUGCAUAUCACAGCUUGGAAGGCGAUUCAGAGAAGCUGUUCCCGCAGCUAAUGACUGUCCAAGAAUGUGCAAAUCUAAAUUCACUGACAGUUGCAUGAAGGGCUUUACCUUGGAUGAAAUAAAUCAAGCCCUUGGUGAAAUUAAGGAUAUCUCAAGCAUCUUGGAACCUGAUAUGGAUGAGAAAGAGAUGUUGUCUGGCCUUGUUGAGAAAUAUGUUGAUGAAGGGAUGGGAUUUAUUGAUCCAGUUGUUGAAAGUUGGAGAGAGCAGCUGAUCACAAAGAAGAAGAAAAUCUGGUGGAAAAGUCUAUACCAGAUGGACUUGCAGGCUCGAGGUUUUGGUGAUGUUGUCCCUGAAGUGGCUGAGAGGCUUGGUGAUGUUAAAGAAAGAGAUGGUGAAGUCCCUGAGAGGCUUGGUGAUAUCCUCUCAUUACAGUCAGCUGUGGACAAAGGAUUUGCGAAGAUCAUGGAGAAGUUUGCUGAGAUGGAUAGCAAAGUGAGUAUGCUGGAUGGGAGAGUGAAAGAAUUAGAGGGUUAUGUGGCAAUCCAGCUAGAGAAAGAGUGGUACAAUGAGUAUCAUCCAAGGACUUCAAGUGAUUUUGUGCCAACCUAUUGUACACCAACUGCUAAUCAACCAAUAGCGAGUCCGACAAAGGCUUUGGUCCUUCACAGUGGUGAUGAAGGUGAUCAGGAGCAGCUGGCUAGAAAAGAGAAGGAGAACAAGAAGACGAAGGCAGUGAGGCCAAAGCAUAGUGGCCCUACAAUCCAGACCGGGAAAAAGAGACAAAGGAAGCCUUCCAGGUUUCAGGCUGAAGAGUUUACAGUAGAGGGGAAGGGGAAGGGGAAGAAGCGGCAGAAGAAAUAGGUGAUCUUUAUGAGAGAUCACUCUUUAUGAUGGGUUGCUUUUGUGUAGGACAAAACUUAUAUUUUCUGAGUAUUUUGCGGUUAUCUUUUAUUAGGAUUCAAAACAUUGUACUAUCUUUUGGUUGUGUUGUGGUUUAGGUGCAUUUUUUGUAUUUGGGGUUUAGGAUGAUCCAGAAAUUAUAUUUUAAAAAAUUAUGCAUCUGGUC